AUGAAAAAAAGCCGCAGUGUCCAAGGUGUAACAUCGGCAGAUGAGAAGAAGGAUCCUUCUUUGUCACAAUUUCCCUCGGGCAGCACCCUCGCCGUAGAAGUGUGUAAAGUACAUCGGCGAUUUUCCGGCAACUUGCAACUGCCUCCGUUGUCAUGGCGACAGGCUGAGAAGGAGCAGGAAAGGGGAAGUUUGCUCUCCCCAGAGGAGGACCCAAUGACUCACGCCAGGCCAACAAGUCUACCUAUUGCUUCCCUCCCCCGGAUUGACAUUACAAAGGCUGACCCAAACAGCUUGGAGGGAGAGAAUGCAUCAUUGUGUUGUAGUCCGUCAGACCCGCAAGCAUCUCCGAGUUCAGGUCUGGUUCUUCAUCCCAACCUGGCAAGCCACGGCCAGCGUCGAGAGUCCUUCCUAUACCGCUCCGACAGCGACUAUGAAUUGUCACCAAAAUCCCUUUCUCGGAACUCUUCCAUCGUUGGAGAAUUCCAUGGAGAGGACUUGAUAGUAACUCCCUUUGCCCAGGUUCUGGCAAGCCUUCGGACUGUCAGGAAUAACUUCACAACAUUAACGAAUGUGCAAUGUGCAUCCAAUAAGAGAUCUCCUGCUUCAAAUCAGCCUCCUGUCACCAAAGUCUGUUUGUCUGAUGAGUCCUACCAGAAGCUUGCUAUGGAGACCAUGGAGGAGCUCGACUGGUGUCUGGACCAGUUGGAGACCAUCCAGACCUACCGCUCUGUCAGUGACAUGGCGUCCAAUAAGUUCAAAAGGAUGCUGAACCGGGAGCUGAGCCACCUGUCUGAGAUGAGUCGCUCUGGCAACCAAGUGUCAGAGUACAUCUCCAAUACCUUCCUAGACAAACAGAAUGAGCUAGAGCUCCCGUGUCCUGUUCCCAAGUCAAGAGAAAGAAAACGCAGGCAAGGCCAACAGCAACAGCAGCAAGGUGGCAUGAUGACUCAGAUUGGUGGGGUGAGAAAGGCCAGCUAUACACCUUGUAUCUCUGGAGGAACCAACAAUCGCUUUGGGGUGAAGACGGAUCAGGAAGAACUACUGUCAAAGGACCUGGAGGACAUCAAUAAAUGGGGACUGAAUAUCUUCAGGGUUGCAGAACACUCUCACAACCGGCCCCUCACAUGCAUCAUGUAUGCCAUCUUCCAGGAGCGAGACUUGAUGAGGACUUUCAAGAUUCCAACAGAUACAUUUGUGGCAUUCAUGCUCACACUGGAGAGCCACUACCACUCUGACGUGGCCUACCACAAUAGCCUGCAUGCCGCAGACGUCGCCCAGUCCACUCAUAUUCUACUAUCCACUCCAGCAUUGGACGCCGUCUUCACUGACCUGGAAAUCCUGGCAGCCAUUUUUGCAGCGGCAAUUCAUGACGUGGAUCACCCGGGAGUGUCCAAUCAGUUCCUAAUCAACACAAACUCAGAACUGGCUCUGAUGUACAACGACGAGUCGGUACUGGAGAACCACCACCUGGCUGUGGGCUUCAAACUGCUCCAGCAAGACAACUGCGACAUAUUUCAAAACCUCGGCAAGAAACAGAGGCAGACACUGAGAAGAAUGGUCAUCGACAUGGUUUUGGCAACUGACAUGUCGAAACACAUGAGCCUACUGGCGGACCUCAAGACAAUGGUGGAGACCAAGAAGGUGACCAGCUCGGGAGUCCUUUUGUUGGACAACUACACAGACAGAAUGCAGGUUCUUCGUAAUAUGGUCCACUGUGCGGAUCUGAGCAAUCCCACCAAGCCUCUUGAUCUGUACCGGCAGUGGACCGACAGGAUAAUGGACGAGUUUUUUCACCAGGGAGAUAGGGAGAGAGAACGGGGUAUGGAGAUCAGCCCCAUGUGUGAUAAACACACAGCGUCGGUGGAGCGGACACAGGUGGGCUUCAUUGACUACAUCGUGCAUCCUCUAUGGGAGACGUGGGCCGACCUGGUCCACCCGGAUGCCCAGGACAUCCUGGAUAUGCUGGAGGACAAUAGGAACUGGUACCAGAGCAUGAUCCCCCAAAGUCCUUCCCCUCCCUUCUACUCCAAUGAAGGGGAUGUGGCACCGCACGGGGAGCUGGAGGGCGGUCCAGCCGCCACCAAGUUUCAUUUUGAGCUGACCCUGGACGAGCAGGAAAGGGACAAUAUGGCAAUGGAGACGUCAGCGUGCGACGGCGAGGCGCCCCGAGGUCACCACUCCCCGACGCACGAUGAGACAUAG